AUGGCCUAUCGUACCCCCGUUUACACCACCGCUGCUGCCCUGCCGCUUCCGCAAUUUUCACAGGCAGUCAAGCACAAUGGGCUAGUUUAUUGCAGCGGCUCAAUCGGCAUUGAUCCGAAAACCGACGACCUUGUUCCCGGCACUGUGACUGACCGUGCGCGCAUGGCUCUUCGGAAUCUCGAGGUCGUCCUCCAAGCGGCCGGAAGUAGCAUGGACCACGUGCUUAAGGCCAAUGUCUUUUUGUCCAAUAUGGCUGAUUUCAGCGCCAUGAACGAAGCCUGGGAUGAGUUUUUCCCGCAAGACCCUAAGCCGUGUCGAACAUGCGUUGCGGUUCUUCAACUACCGCUUGGAACUGACGUGGAGAUUGAGGUGACUGCAAGCUGCGAUUAA